AUGACUUCAUUCGAAACACUAGCGCGGAACUGCGCACUGAAUUUGGAUCAUGCAGAGCUACGCGAUGCUGUAUUGAGGAAGCAGAAGAUCGACAGGGCUACGACAGCCAUCCUCAGCGUCGUUCCAGCAUUUUCUAUCGUCGCUUUUCUUUCAUGUUUAUUUCUCUGUAUUCUGAUCAUUUUUGCCUUAAUCAAGCGUCGAAUUCCAUCCAGAAAAUACAGUGUUGUGCUCAGUCGCACAGUCGCCGAUGUGUUCUCGUGCUCGUUGUUCUGUGCUGCUUCAUUUAUGGCCAACGAGAAUUCCGCGUCUUACGCGAUCCUCGCUCUAUUCCUCUGCGCAGCCACUUUCGGAUUCAUUCAUCUGAGUUUGUCACAUCUUCUCACGAUCGUUCUUAGACAGUUGAGUGUGACUCGCCCAUAUGGCUUCCAAACCCUGUGCACUAUUCGUCGUGUUAGCACUGCUGUAGCUCUUAUUUGGCUAGUAGCCAUACUAUAUGCGGCUGCUUUCUCACCUCUCACAACUGUGGUUUUGGACCCGUCAAAGAACAAGGAUGUUUGUACCUACGCGAAUUGCGAACGUCCUUUGUUGAUAGUUGCGAUUUGUGUGAUUGCUGCUGGUCUGCUCAUCGUACCAGGCUGCUACUGUGCCGUCCUUUUUAAGCUGAAAUCAAUUGCGUACAGCGAGAAAAUGCACAACGAACCUGAAAUUACAAAGAAGAAAAUGUUUAAAUUCUUCUACUUUGGCGGACACCUCAGUCUGUACGCACUCAUCUCUACUUUAAUCCUUAUCGGAGCAUGCAUAAUUUUACACAACGUUUGGCUUUACAACACGAUUCGAAGCUCAAUUCAACAGAAUUGCGAUGUUGUUGGGUAUAUCGACACCUUGGUUCGAUUGGAAACUUUGGCUGGAGGAGCAGUGCUACUUUGGCUUGUGCGCAUCUUUUUCGAUGUCGUCAUCUCGAUUCUAGCUGAUUACCAGCGACUAUUCCCAUGGUUGGCAGCGAUCAAUCUAGAGCCACUAAGGGAGAACCAAGUUCAGGUCAUAUCCCGAGCCAGUCCUCUACAGUGGCAAAAGAACUACUUUGAUUGCCCGAUUUUCAACAUCGACGGAAAGCUUCACCCAUGGGACUUCAAAAAUUGACUGUUCUCUUGCAUGUCUUGAGCUAUAUGCUCCUUUUUUCGAAUCCAAAUUUCUCCAAGCUUCUAGGUUUGGCGAAAUUGUUGAUCGGAUGUAGAUUUGAUACUUAGGUGAUCGCUUCAACUUUCUACCAAAACCCUACUUCGUUUUUCCCGUCUUUAUCGUGAGAUGGCGAAGCUGUAGGUACCAUGUACCGUGUGGUCUUUCACUAUUUGUUGAAGCACUUCGACUUCAUUUCACGGAUUCAAACUCUUAAG